AGAUGAUGGGUCACAUACUGAGGCUUUAACCGACUCCUGUUCGUCAGAUGGGAUAAAAAAAAAAAGAAGCCUUCAAAACAAGCGUGGAUCCUUUUGUCAAAUUCUACUUUAAUUCUACUUUUCUUUUAAGCAAAAGCUCUGGAGAUCUACAAUGGAUGCUCCCACACAGAAAAAUACAGUUGGAAACCUCCAAUCUCCCUCAGCAGCUAACCUGGCCACAAUGCAGUCCUACAGGCCUCUUUUGAGUGACUAUGGACCUCCAUCUCUGGGAUUCUCACAGGGCUCCUCUGGCAGCCAAGUGCCUCAGAACAAAUAUGCAGAGCUGCUGGCUAUCAUCGAAGAGCUCGGAAAGGAGAUCAGGCCCACGUACGCCGGAAGCAAGAGUGCCAUGGAGAGACUGAAAAGAGGAAUAAUCCAUGCCAGAGGGCUGGUGCGUGAGUGCUUGGCUGAGACGGAGAGAAACGCGCGGUCCUAGCUAACAAACACACAUUCCUCCCCCCCCCCCCCCCCACCCCCCCGCAAGAAGAACCAACAGUGUGCGUCUCAUGAAACAAAAAUAAGAAACUUGCAUGGCAUUUCCUUUUAAAAAGAGGAAGUAAAACGAAGAAAGGAUGGAAAAGACAGCUCCUAGAGUGAAAACAAAGUUACAAUAACAAUAUUCAUGACUCUUGAGGGAUCAUUUAAAUCAUGUGUGGGUCAUUGGAAAGAGGAUGAUCAUGUGUUUUUACGUCCCACUUUCGGGAUCUUAAGUUUUGAUUUCAUAUUUAAAAUGUUGAUUUGUGCAUGCGAACGGGCCUGUGGGUUAAUUGUAGACUGUGCAUGGCUUGUACAGGGGUAGAUGGAAUAGACUUCUUCUUUUUGAUAGUAUUUGGUCGGAUUUUUUGAGGGACAGAGAUGUGCCAAAUGCAUCCGUUCAUUUGUGUUGAGGUUGGUUUUGGUAUUAAAAAAAGAGGAAAAUGCUACUACUUGCAUCUUUGUAUGUAUUUAUUACUCAGUGUAAUAAAUUGUAUUUUCAA